AUGGGAACUGGGGGGUCCUCAGUCCAAGCUAUGGCGGAGGUGUCUGUGGAGGAGCGGCAGUGGGAGAAGGUUACCGUAGAUGAGGCGACGCGCAUGCGUUUGAAUGGCGAGUCGGCACGAUGCAUGGCCCACAUCCGCGCCAUCAAGAAAGCGGGCGGCGUGUCACUCCAGGAAUCGGACGGCUCAGACACAAGCAAGGAUCAGGCAUGGACGACUGACGAGUCGGGCUUGGCAGCAUGCGCUGCUCGCUACGCCAUGAUCACCACCGCUCUUUGGAUGCUUCCCAAGAUGCUUGUGCUCUUCUUGCCGAUGCUCCUGCUCCAGUUUCCUGCAAUGGUCGUGGUGAGAUCCUACGUGGCAUGUGUGAAGGCUGGAACAGAUUCCUUUGAGCGCACCGCCAUGUUCUGGGUGUCCUUCAUGCUGGUCUUCGUCCUUUACCUGCCUGCUGGAAUCCUGGCCCUUGUGUCGCUGAUGUUGGACUACGUCUUCUAUUGGAUCUUCGGCAUCACCUUCUGCAUUUGCAGUUGCCGCUUCGGCGCGGUGUGGCGGAGCAUGAGGGCGAUUGAUCCUUACCGAAACGGCCCCUGGAUCAUCUUGCACCUUCCUGACAUCUACGUGUCGGUCAUGGGCCAGACCUGCCGACAGGGCAUGCUCGAGGUCAUGUGGAUCCUUUCCACAAUGUGGCUCAUCAUGCCAUGGUACAAGUACUACAUCAACUGCAAUCCAUGGCUGGAUGACUUGGACCAUCGCUUUGUGAACCAAAUCAGCACCACUUGCGCGGACAUCAACGAGCAAGACCCGACACGCAGCUCGAAGAUCAGCAGGGAGAUCAUCUCCCGGGGCAAGCACUACCCGGGCCGUGCCCAGAAGGUGGAUCUCUGGCACUUCGUCCCGCACUACCCGUACCCGCCGCCUGGGCGGCGCUAUGCCAUGGGUAUGCAGCAAGGGGGAAGUGGGCUGAAGAGCUGCAUGUUGAUGGUGCACACCACGCAUGCAAACCGAAACGACGGGAAUUCGAUGGAACAGCACGUGGCUUCGAAUUGCUGCAAAGUCCCCGUCUAUCGCGUCAUGUUGUGGUACAACAACCCCUACCACCAUUUCACUGGCUGGGUGGAGGCUCACCCAUCUACAGGUGAACCGUCGCAACUCGACAAAGCCGAUGGCGGAGAGCAUCCCAUGUGGCUGGUGGGGUCCAAGUCCCCUUUGACCUCGAAGCGUACCAGCAUGACUGGCCCAGGCUCUAUUGACAAGUUCUUCGACGAAUGGAUCCCUGUCUUCGCACAUGAAGUUCGCUAUUCGCACCACCGCAUGGAGGGAAAGAGCCACGAAGAGGCAUUGCAGAUCGCCAACGCCAAGUACCAGGAGGUGAAAUCAGCAGAUGGGAUUUCCAGGCCCCUCAAGAAAAUUGGCUUAGACAAGUACAAGGAGUCCUCCAUGCAUGACUACGGCCUUGUAUGA